UCACCAUCAAAUAAAGAAAACAUGCCAACAUCAAAGCAUGAUCCAUCACAUGAUUCUCCUCCUCAAUUGGAAACUAAGAGUCAAAAACAUUUCAUAGCAAGACUGUUCUGUUAAAACUGGAUUUUUCAGUGCUGAUUAAAACAGGCCGCUGUAAGUCUGACUUUUCUGCAUCGCUUGUAUGUUAUGAGUCAUAUGUGUAGGUCUUUAGAGGGCAGAGUCUCUAGUGGAGGAACCAACGUAGUUCUGUCUUUUUUUAUGCUGAUGUUUGUCUAGUGAAGUCUGAGCCUUAACGUACUGAUGUAAGAUGUCAGAGGAGGGUGGAGUCUUCAGAAACAGACCAAAUCAUCCACAGAUUAAAACUUGUGCAGACAUGAGAUCCAACGAAACCACUUUUCUGUUAUCAUCGUUUUUACUCUCGAGAACAACUGGAGUUGAUUAUAUGGCAUGAAGGGCCGAGAUUACAACAUUACACUGACUGAUUAGAUCAAUUGUGAACUCGAGUCGUUGUGCAUGAACUUUUUCAGUCUGUCCCACUUGUUUUCUUAGUCAGAGCUCUUGACAGAUUCUUUCUCAAGAUCUUCUGUGCCACUACAUGAACUCAAUUUCCAGUUUAUCAUGUAUACUUAUCUAAAAUUAAUACAGUCUAAAAAGGGGCUGCAACUUAUGAUUUUUUUGAUAAUCGAUUAAUCUGCCGAUUGUUUGAUUUGUCUAUAAAAACAGUCAAAAAAGCCUAUUAUAAUGUCUUAGAGCGCAAAGUGACGUCUUCAAAUGUCUUGUUUUGUGUGAUCAACAGUCUAAAACGCAAAGAUAUUCAGUUUACUAUCAUGUAUGAUAUAUAAAAGUUUAAAAUCCUCACAUGUGAGAAACUGCAAUCAGCAAAUGUUCGGCUUUUUUCUGUAAAAAAUGACUAAAACGAUUAUUUGAUUAUCAAAAUAGUUGCUGAUUAAUUAUCUGUUGAUUGACUAGUCAAUUAAUCAACUUCAUCAUUAGCUUUAAUCUAACAGCCUUGCAGUAAAUCCUUUUGAUAAAUAAUACUUUCAUGAAGCUUGUAUUUAAAACUGAAACAAUUAAUUAAUUAGUUGAUCAACAGGAAAUAAAUCUGUAACAAAAACUGGAGAACAUUAUAACCUUCACGAAGGUAGGAUUUAUUGCAGAGCUGUUAAAUUCUGUUUAUAUUUAACCAGGUGAACCUAAUAAACUAAUAACUAAGUUUAUUUCUCAUGAUACCUACUGCGUGCAGCUCAAAGCUCAUUGAUCUGAGAAGACACUCAAGUUAUUCACCUUCAUGAUCAUGUCGUAGUAACGUGCUCAAAGCACUGAACAGACAGUUUAACUUGUGUGUGUGUGUGUUUUCUUCGCAGAGCACAUACUGAACAUGUGUAACGUGACAUGAGCUAUUUCUGUCAGGUCAGGCGCACACACACCUGUCUGACAACCAACCCGACCACAACAUGCAAGCACAUUAACCCUUUUAAGGCUGCUUCUGUUAGUGUCAAGCCAUUUUUAAAGAAAAAGACAGAGGACAGGACAGAGGUCAUAGUCUCUCAUAGUCUGUUAGCUAACUGGUUUGUUGGUCUGCAGAGAAUAGUGAAAACUGCAUAAAGGAUCAUAUGUGUCUCUCUGUCCACCGUAGCUGACUUCUACAAAGCUUGGUGUGUACGAAAGGCCUCCAACAUAGUAGCUGACUCCCCUCACACCAUCUCUUUGCACUCCUGACAUCUGAAAGGAGGUUUCAGAGCAUCUGUGCCAGGUCUACAUGACUAUGUAACAGCUUCUUCCCCCAAGCCAUCAGGACUCUGAACACUCAGGAAUAACACAGCAUCCUGUAGAGCCACUUUCUUUCUUUGGGACUGAUUUUGCAUUAUUUUAAGACCAUAAUCUAUAUCCUGUAAUCAUUUAUUGUAUUUAUUAUCACCCCUACAUGGCACACAGCGCUCAUCCCAUACUGUAAAUAAACUUUAUUUACUGAAAACACCACAAAAAUGUCCAGUACAGUAUGCAGGAUGCAGGAAAGGAUUAUUACUGCACCCACACAUAUUCAGCAGUACAAACACAAGACAUGACUAUGCCUGACCAGUCCAUAUCUGCUUUUAGUGACUGUACAUCUGUUUUUUUAGUGGUGUCUCGUCUGUCGUGAUGUUGCACUGCGGUGAAUGAUAUUUUGCUCUUAUUAAUGCAGAGUGUGAACUACGGAAGUAACAAUAAAAACCUUGAACUAAAACUGACGAUACACGGCUAUUCGACAUCUAUCUUGAAAAUAAAAACACGUUGUCAAUAUUUUUCUUAGUUAUUUUACACACUUGAGCUCACUGUCGCCUCCGGAGCUGUCAGUCAGUCUGCCCUUGGUUGGGAUCGAAUAGAUGAGCAUGUUUGACCACACCUCCUUGUUAUCUGAAGGGGCUCUCACAUGCGCCAGCAGUACAAAUAUUUAAGUCUCCCCUCCUCCAGCAAGCUGCAGUCCCGCAGCUUCCUCAGGUCUCUGCACAGGGCAACAGUGCCACCUUAGUCCAACAAGCAUGAAUCAAAGUGCGUGGAGCAAAGACAUCUAUUCUUCCAGCAACAUCUGCCUUGACAGCUGCACUGCUGAGCAUCUCCCUUCUUUUCAACCUGACCCCAUGCUGUCAAAUCCAGAUGUAUCCGGUGCUUCUGCGCUCUUACACAAAGACAGCGAGAAGAAGUCGCCACCGGAGAGUGAUUAUUAUAGCAGCAGUGAUGCCGGUUCAAGUUUGAUGUGUUCAAGCCAGCUGGAGCUCAACCCACCCGGAGACAGCACGAGAAGGCAGCACCCAUCUCCUGCAUCCAGGUCUUGCGGUCACUUUGAAUGGAACUUAAACAGCGGCCAUCAAGCAAAGCGUGCCAGAGUAGAAAAUAUCAUCAAAGGCAUGACCGGCUCUCCUGGUGCGCACUGCACAGAUGUGAUGAUGAAUCAGCACGAGGAGACAGACGGCAUGCAGGGAGAUGAGAAGAUGCAGGAGCUGCCUUUACAUCAGGACCACAUGCAGACAAGAAAGCAACCUCAAAGCCAGAAUCAGCACCUCAGACAGCUCAGAACAAGGUUUACUCACAUGGACGGGGUGAGUGACAGUAUGGAUUUUAGUAAGGAAAGUCUUGCAGAAGAGAAAUAUCCCACCUGGAACAAUUCACCUGACGCAUGUACAGAUUCAUACAGUGAGUUCGAAAGCGGCUCGAGCAGGAAAUACCAAGGAUGGAAAAGGGUGAAGCUGAUGAACUACUUUCAAUCCAAACCUGAAAAAAUAAAGUUGAUGGCAGAUGUUUUAAAGUACGAAUUGUCCAGAGCUGUCAGCAGGAGCGUUGACUCCAUUUUCAAAAGCAUGCCGCUUUUACAGGCGCCACUAAACGACGAGGGGAACAUAGAGACUGAUUUGUCUUUUCUAAACCUUCAUAAGCAGCCAUCAGUUUGUAAAGAUAAUAAAUUAGGAUUUUUAUGUUGUGGGAGUGCAGAGGUGCAAGUCCCAGAUGUUCAAACUGAAGCGCUCUCCCUUGUGGUACAAAAGCCUCAACUGGAAACACCCGACAAGUUUAUUCUCCAGUCCGGAUCAAGAGCUCAACAUCGUCCCAAACUUCCAACAUCCUCCUUCUGUCUGCGUGAAGACCAGGAGCCACAACAGAUUCAUAACGUCGCCCAUCAAAACACCCUCAGAUGCUUGCGAGGAGGAUGUGCAGAGGUGAAGUUUGAUACAUCUUGGAACUCAGACAGAAUAAGAUCAAAGGUCAACUCCAGAUCUAUAAGGAGCCCACAGACUCACACUGUGCCUGUGGAUCCAAUGACUUUGGAAAGCCUUUGUCUCCCUGAUGUCAAGAUUGAGUCCGAUAGCCUCCUAAAGCAUAACCUGUAUAUGCUGAAUGAGGGUCUGACCACAAACCACCUCAAGAAAGCGAAGCUCAUGUUCUUCUUCACCCGCUACCCGAGUUCACUGGUGCUGAAGAUGUGUUUCCAUGACGUGCAGUUCACGCGCUGCAUCACCUCUCAGCUCAUCAAGUGGUUCAGUAACUUCAGGGAGUUUUAUUACAUCCAGAUGGAGAAGUUUGCCCGCCACGCCGUCAUGGAAGGAGCAUCUGACAUGAGGGGUCUGGCUGUGGGGAGAGAAUCGGAACUUUUCAGAGCUCUCAACAUGCACUACAACAAAGCCAACGACUUCCAGGUGCCUGACCGAUUCCUUGAAGUUGCCGAGAUUACACUGAGAGAGUUUUACAUAGCCAUCUCAAUGGGCAAAGAUCGUGAUCCAUCCUGGAAGAAAGCGAUCUACAAGGUCAUCUGUAAACUGGACAGUGACGUUCCAGCUGAAUUCAAGAGUCAUCACUCUGGAUAAGAACCAACCAGAAGACAUCAUGUGCCACAGGAGUCAAUGUCACAAUGUGGACUUACUCAUGCCUUGAUGUAUGCUGUAUGCUGUAAAUUAGAUCUUUACCAUCCAUACAUGUGGCAAACUGACAGCCUGUAUUGAUCACAAGCAUCAUCAUAAUAAACAAUAUGUAUUUUGCUAUAUCAGCCAUUUUAUAUAGCAAUAAUACAUAUUUUGUAUAAUUAACUGUUAUGUCUGUCUUCUAGACACACAAAAAACACAUUUUCUGAGUCUUGAGGAGCACAUUGUUCUUUAAUAAAUACAAAAUACAGUCCACACCACAUUAGAAAACAUUUUUAAUAUAUUCAGAAGUGUAUUAUUUUAAUUCUGUAUGCACGUAUGAUAUAACAAAAUAUAUACAUGGUUUCUAAAAUGACUGAAUCAGUAAAUUAUGCACCAUCUCACCCACCCCUUACAAACUCUGUUGAUAAAAUAGUAUUGUAGUGUUUCUUUGUUUCUUCCAUACUCACCAUGAAGAUCCAGCCAUUACCUUGAUAGGACUCACUCCCCAGGGACAAAUUAAACAUGGUCUUCAUCAGUAGUGCCAUGUGUUCGGUCAUGACUGAUGAUCCUCGUUUUGUCUUCAGAUGUCUCAGUAACAUGAUAAACAAGAUGCAAAUUUCUGAUGUGCGAAAAAUUCAGAAUCCUUUGGUUCUCAAGUUAGUAAAUGCUUUUUUUUUUU